UCAUUAGCUCUCAUGUGAUAGCUCUCGCGCAUGACGUGCCAACCAUAUGGCACUGGCAGCAGAGCUGGUACCCCCUUUGCUGGGUAGAGAUGCCACUCUCGCCUCCUUUUGGAUAGAGGACUGCAGGAGGCUGGAGCACCUCAAGGAGCCGCGUCCCGGUCCCAGAAGAUGCUGGGAACAAUGAAAUAAGAAUUCCUGCGGUCCGCCCGAAGCCACGAUGCUGACGCGACUUUUCAGCGAGCCCAGCCUGGUCCCCGAGGUCCCGAAAUUCGGCGGCUGGGCCGAGGAGUGCGAGGACGAUGCCCGCAGCGAGAAGGAGGAGCGGGCGGGGAAGGGCUGCGUCCUCCCCGAGGAGCCGCCCGAGGGGGAGAGCAAGGAGGAAGGGGAGCUAGGCGGGGACGAGGAGGAGGAGGAGGAGGAGGAGGAAGGUUUGGAGGAGGCGGAGGGCGAGCGGCCCAAGAAGCGCGGCCCCAAGAAGCGCAAGAUGACCAAGGCGCGUCUGGAACGCUCCAAGCUGCGGCGGCAGAAGGCGAACGCUCGGGAGAGGAACCGAAUGCACGACCUGAACGCGGCCCUGGACAACCUGCGGAAGGUUGUGCCCUGCUACUCCAAAACCCAAAAGCUCUCCAAAAUCGAGACCCUCCGCUUAGCCAAGAACUACAUCUGGGCUCUGUCUGAGAUCCUUCGCUCGGGCAAGCGGCCCGACCUGGUCUCCUACGUGCAGACUCUGUGCAAGGGGCUCUCGCAACCCACCACCAACCUGGUGGCCGGGUGCCUGCAGCUCAAUUCCCGCAACUUCCUAACGGAGCAGGGCCCCGAGGGCGGCCGGUUCCACGGCCCCAGCGCCUCCUUCGCCGUGCACCCUUACCCUUACCCCUGCUCGCGGCUGGCCGCGGCGCAGUGCCCGCCCGCCGCCGGUCCCGGUGCCCACGGGCUGCGGACACACGGCUACUGCGCCUCCGCCUAUGAAAGCCUCUACGGGAACGCGUCCCCCGACUACAACAGCUCGGAGUACGACGGCGGGCUCAGCCCCCCGCUCUGCAUCAACGGCAACUUCUCCCUCAAGCAGGACUCUUCCUCCCCCGACCACGAGAAAAGCUACCACUACUCUAUGCACUACUCGGCGCUGCCCGGCUCCCGGCCCGCCGGCCACAACCUGGUCUUCGGCUCCACGGGGGUACGCGGGGGGGUCCACUCCGAGAACAUCUUCCCCUACGACAUGCACCUCCCGCACGAGCGGGGCCCCAUGUACGAGGAGCUCAACGCCUUCUUCCACAACUGA